AUGGCGCGCCCAGUACCCUUUAACAUUGCAGUGCCGGACGAUCAGUUAAAUUGGAUUGUUGAUCGCGUCCGCACCACGCGUCUACCGCCAGGGAGAAACCUGCCCACCGACGAGUUAUGGAAAUCAUGGGGCCUGCCCGUCAGUUACGCGCAAGAACUGAAAGACUACUGGGUCAACGAAUAUGACUGGCGUCGUGUCGAGAAACAAUUGAACUCGGAUCUCAAUCAGUUUACCAUCCCUAUUGAUCACAAAGGGGAAGAUCUGAGCAUCCAUUUCCUGCACCACAGAUCGGAUCAGCCGGGUGCCAUUCCGCUGAUUAUCGCACAUGGGUGGCCUGGGAGCUUCCUCGAGAUCAAGCCCAUUAUCCAACACCUCACGAAUCCACCAUCCCCAAAUGACCAAGCCUACCAUGUCGUCGUACCCUCGCUGCCUGGCUUUGGUUUCUCUUCAUAUCCAUCUAAUCCCUGCAGUCCCAUGGACAUGGCGGAUGUUUUGUGCAAGCUCAUGAUUGCACUCGGCUACAAUCACUUCAUGGCACAGGCUGGUGACUGGGGCGCCCAGGUCGCGCGUAUUCUCGCGACAAGAUACCCGGACAAUUGUUUAGCUCUGCAUCUCAACUUCGUUAUCACGGGGCCGCCAAGUGCCCUGUGGCGGCCUGUGGCGUUUGCCCGACUUGUAAUCGGCUACCUUACUGGGGGAUGGGGCUUUGAUCCCUACGAGAAGCGUCUGUUAAGUCGUAUGAAAUGGUGGCUAGAUUGGGAGAACGCGUAUAAUGUUAUUCAGGGAACAAAGCCGUUGACGCUGUCCUAUGGCUUAACAGACUCACCGUUUGGGAUGAUGUGCUGGAUAAGAGAGAAGGUCAACUACCUUGUCGGAGAUGACUUCGAGUGGACAAAGGAGGAUACAAUUACUUGGGCCAUGCCAUACAUCCUUAACGGCUCCUCAGGGCAUGCAGAAAUUUACAAAUGGGGACAGCGUGGAAGCGAGUACUCCUUAGCCGAGGUCUUUUCCAAGCCGAUACCCAGCCAGAUUCCAUUUGGAGCAUCGAUCUUCCCCAAUGACGUCAUGUUUAUUCCUCGCUGGUGGGCCGAGGGUACUCUCUCGUCUAACAUCGUCUUCUGGAAACAACACGAUAGCGGCGGACACUUUCCAUGCUCUGAGAAGCCCGUAGAGCUUGCAGCUGAUCUCAGAGAAUUUACUAAAUGCAUCGAUGGUAAAAUUAUUCAGAGUCUGAAGGAAGACCAACCUACGACUGACUGA